UGGACAGCUGCGCUCCCCGGGCCGGCGGCGCCCACCCCGCGGCAUGCUCCGGUGGGGGCCGAGCGGGCGGAGCGGCUGAGCCCGGGGGGUCCCCGCGGCGGCGGCGGCGGCGGCCCCGAGCGUGCAUGGGGGAGCGCGCGGCGCGCUCGGGAAGAUGCCCCGGCCCGAGCUGCCCCUGCCCGAGGGCUGGGAGGAGGCGCGCGACUUCGACGGCAAAGCCUACUACAUCGACCACACGAGCCGCACCACCAGCUGGGUCGACCCGCGGGACAGGUACACCAAGCCGCUCACCUUCGCCGACUGCAUCAGUGACGAGCUGCCGCUAGGAUGGGAGGAGGCCUACGACCCCCAGGUUGGAGACUACUUCAUAGACCACAACACCAAGACCACGCAGAUCGAGGACCCGCGGGUGCAGUGGCGGCGGGAGCAGGAGCACAUGCUGAAGGAGUACCUGGUGGCGGCGCAGGAGGCGCUGAGCGCGCAGAGGGAGAUCUACCAGGUGAAGCGGCAGCGGCUGGAGCUCGCGCAGCAGGAGUACCGGCAGCUGCAUGCCGCGUGGGAGCACAGGCUGGGCUCCCAGGUCAGCCUGGUGUCCGGCUCGUCGUCCAGCUCCAAGUAUGAUCCUGAGAUCCUGAAAGCGGAAAUCGCCACAGCCAAGUCCCGGGUCAACAAGCUGAAGAGAGAGAUGGUUCACCUGCAACAGGAGCUCCAGUUCAAGGAGCAUGGCUUCCAGACCCUGAAGAAAAUCGAUAAGAAGAUGUCGGACGUGCAGGGCGGCUACCAGCUGGACGAAGCCCAGGCCGUCUUGAGAGAAACGAAAGCGAUCAAAAAGGCCAUCACCUGUGGAGAGCGGGAAAAGCAAGAUCUCAUUAAGAGCCUCGCCAUGCUCAAGGACGGCUUCCGCACGGGGCGAGGGUCGCACUCCGACCUCUGCUCCAGCACCAGCUCCCUGGACAGCUCCGGCUUCCCGCCCGCCAAGCAGUGCCUGGACGUCAGCUCCCAGACGGACAUCUCAGGCAGUUUCAGUGCCACCAGCAACAACCAGUUGGCAGAGAAGGUUCGGCUGUGCCUACGCUACGAAGAAGCUAAGAGAAGGAUCGCCAACCUGAAGAUCCAGCUGGCCAAGCUGGACAGCGAGGCGUGGCCGGGCGCGCUGGACUCGGAGCGGGACCGGCUGAUCCUCAUCAGCGAGAAGGAGGAGCUGCUCAAGGAGAUGCGCUUCGUCAGCCCGCGCCGCUGGGCCCAGGGCGAGGCCGAGCAGCUGGAGGCCGCGCGCAGGCGGCUGGAGAAGGACCUGCAGGCGGCCCGCGACUCCCAGACCAAGGCGCUCGCGGAGAGGCUGAAGUUGAACGGUAAGCGGAACCAGCUCGUGAGAGAGCUGGAGGAAGCCACUCGGCAGGUGGCCGCCCUGCACGCCCAGCUCAAGAGCCUCUCCGGCAGCAUGCAGUCGCUCUCGUCGGGAAGCAGCCCCGGCUCCCUUGCGUCCAGCCGGGGCUCCCUGGCCGCCUCCAGCCUCGACUCGUCCACGUCGGCCAGCUUCACCGACCUGUACUGCGACCCGCUGGAGCCGCUGGACGCGGAGCUGCAGGGCCGGGUGGAGCUCCUGCUGCUGGAGGGCGCCGCGGGCUUCCGGCCGUCGGGCUGCAUCACCACCAUCCACGAGGACCAGGUGGCCAAGACGCACCGCGCCGAGGGCGGCGGCCGCCUGCAGGCCCUGCGCUCCCUGGCCGGCACGCCCAAGUCCAUGACCUCCCUGUCCCCCCGCUCCUCCCUGUCCUCCCCGUCCCCGCCCUGCUCGCCGCUCAUCGCCGACCCCCUGCUGGCCGGCGACGCCUUCCUGAGCCCACUGGAGCUGGAGGAGCCGGGGCUGAGCGUGGCGCUCGGCGAGCUGAGCGUGGGCGGCGCCCGGGAGAGCUUCCGACUGGACGACCCCGGGACGGACGGGAAGCCUGUGGGCCCAGCCUCGAAUCCGGCCCCGGGCUAUGGCCUGAAAGUCGCCUGCGUCUCGGCUGCCGUGUCCGAUGAGUCUGUGGCCGGGGACAGCGGCGUGUACGAGGCGUCCGUACAGCGACUGGGUGCCCCUGAAGCCGCAGUUUUCGACAGCGACGAGUCGGAGGCCCUGGGUGCCACCCGGGUUCAGGUGGCCCUGAAGUACGACGAGAAGAAUAAGCAGUUUGCGAUACUCGUCACGCAGUUAAGCAACCUCUCUGCUCUCUCGGUGCCUCAAGGUCAGAAAGUGAACAUCCGUGUGGCCGUCCUCCCCUGCUCUGAGAGCACCCCCUGCCUGUUCCGGACGCGGCCCCUGGACGCUGCUGACCAGCUCCUGUUCAACGAGGCCUUCUGGGUCUGCACCUCCUACCCUGCCCUCCACCAGAAGACCUUGCGCGUGGACGUGUGCAGCGCCGACCCCGGCCAGCCGGAGGAGUGCCUGGGGGGUGCUCAGAUCAGCCUGGCCGAAGUCAGCCGCUCCGGGGAGAGCUCGACGCGCUGGUACAACCUCCUGAGCCACAAGUACCUGAAGAAACAGAUCCCAGAGCCCUCGCCAGCGGGAGCGCCCACCCCCAGCCCGGGGCCCGAAAGCACAGAUGCCGUGUCGGCGCUGCUGGAGCAGACGGCAGUGGAGCUCGAGAAGCGGCAGGAAGGGAGGAACAGCGCCCAGACCCCGGAGGACAGCUGGAGGUUCGAGGAGACCAGUGAGAACGAGGCGGCAACGGAGGAAGAGGAGGAGGAGGAGGAGGAGGAAGACGAGGAGGAAGGAGAGGACGUUUUUGCGGAGACAGCGUCCCCGGAUGUGAAGGGGGGCCGAGCCUUAAAGGUGGACAAAGAGACCAACACGGAGACGCCAGCCCCGGCCCCCACGGUGGUGCGGCCCAAGGACCGGUGGGUGGGUGCCCCGGCUCCGGGACCCUUCCUGCGGGGCAGCACCAUAAUCCGCUCCAAGACCUUCUCCCCCGGGCCCCAAAGCCAGUACGUCUGCAGGCUGAACCGCAGUGACAGUGAUAGCUCCACGCUGUCCAGGAAGCCGCCUUUCGUCCGGAACUCUCUGGAACGCCGCAGCGUCCGCAUGAAGCGGCCUUCGUCUGUCAAGGCUCUGCACACGGAGCGCCUCAUCCGCACCUCGCUGGACCUCGAGUUAGACCUGCAGGCCACCAGGACCUGGCACAGCCAGCUGACUCAGGAGAUCUCGGUGCUGAAGGAGCUCAAGGAGCAGCUCGAGCAAGCCAAGAGCCACGGGGAGAAGGAGCUGCCUCAGUGCCUGCGCGAGGAUGAGCGCUUCCGCCCGCUGCUGAGGAUGCUGGAGAAGCGGGUGGACCGAGCGGAGAACAAGGGGGAGCUCCAGACUGAGAGGAUGAUGAGGGCGGCUGCCAAGGACGUUCACAGGCUGCGGGGCCAGAGCUGCAAGGAGCCCCCGGAGGUGCAGUCUUUCCGGGAGAAGAUGGCGUUUUUCACCCGGCCCCGGCUGAACAUCCCCACCCUCUCCGCCGACGACGUCUGAGCACCGGAAAAGCACCCUCGCUCGGCUCUAGAACCCCGGGCCGGAGCAGAGACUGAGGCUAACCCUUUAUUUAUGUGGUGUUAUAUGAAGGUUCCCGGCUCCCCGUUCUCUUCCCUAGUGGCUCUCAGCGGUUUGAAGAUGAAUGGAAUUUUUCUUUUUUUUAGUUCGGAUUCUAUUCUUAUUAAAAACCACCACCACCACCACACACACAGAGA